ACCCCAUGGAGGAUGAGAGCUUCAAAGCACGCGUAGACAAAGUAUUCGGUUCUCUGUCUUCAUCAUCAUCAUCAGCGUGGUCACUGACCGGCGAUGAGGUGGAGAAGAAAGAGUGGAAUCGAACCGCACUAAAGCAAGGGAAAGACGAUGAUGAUAAUAACCUCUGCUCUUCCUCAUAUGAUGAUUUAUUCAAACAUAAACGCAGCCGGAACAUCACUCAACAAGAAGAUGUCAAUGAUGAUGAUGGAAGUGAGGUUAAUAAUGAUGUUUGGGAUAUCAGAUCCUCUAUUGGUUUAGAUUCCACCCUUGAUAAUGAGGAGGAGGAAGAUGAAUAUGAUAGAGUGGCUGAGGGCAGAGUGGAUGCUGGUGAUCGCUUGUACAUGAAGAAUAUUAUUAAUCCGGAAAAAUCUUCUGAUUCUUCUGGACAUAACAUCCAUAGAGAUGCACGUGCAAAUCAUAUGGCUGCACAAGUUAGGCUGAAGGAAGAUGCGGAUGCAGCUGAGAAAUGUGAAACUCAUUUUGACGGUAUCACUCUAAGCGGUGAGCAGCAUUCAGCUAAACCACUUCAGGAUCACUGUAAAGUGAAGCCAAUCUUGAAAAGAACAAAGAAGUCAGAGAAUGGUGUGCUCAAGUCUUCGAAACGGGUCAGGUUUGAUCCUGACUGUAAAGAUGAACCUGAAGGGCCAUCAGAACCAGAAGUUUCUUGGGCAGCUCCUGCAUCAGCAAACUCUAGUUUUGAAGACGACGAAUCCAUUAUCAGUAGGCGAAAGGUUCCUGAUCAUGUUCUCAACCCUUCAAAGUAUACUUGCUAUAGUUUGGAUUCAACUAGCGAGCUUGAUGACGAGUCAAAUAGUCAAGCUUGCAGAUACACUCUCGAGGAGGUUGAGAAGUCGAAGCAUGAUCAAUUGGCACAAGAAACUAUGGACGUGUCAGGUACUAAUCCUAGAUCAGUAGUCUUUGUACCUAGGCAGAAGAACACGGAUGCAACUCUGUCAAAGGGAAUGAUUGAAGAUGCCUGUAAUGAAUCCUUGCACCCAAAGGGUGUCCCUGUUUGCGUUGCAGCUGAAGAGGCUCAACAGACUGAAGAUCCAAUGGAAGAAGAUAUGGAAACACGUGUGGCUGAGAAUAACAUUGUGUCCCAGAAACCUGAACGGCGCUACCGAAGCAAGGGAGGGAUGGAGGACUCUGUCACUUGAUCUUAUGUUUACUUGAGGCUAUUAGCUGUGUUAUAUUGUUCAUGCUGAAGAAAUGUUACUUCCAAGUUCUCGGCUUAGCUUAGACCUCCAUCCCUAACCCUCCAACCCCAUCCACACGGAGCAUAAAGGCAUCGUACUGUGCUUUUGCAUAUCUGUUUUUAAGGGCGUUAAACGAUUCGUGAUGGAUUUUUACUUAUUAUUAGUAGAGGGAUUCAUGAUGAUUGUUAAUAUUUCUGUCGUGUUAUCAUGUCGAUGGUAUCUGUAUGCAAAUUACCCUUGCUGGUUGGGUACUCCUUGAACAAUUUUCACUUAAUUCAUUAUGUCUUAAUAUUAGUAGGUAGACGUGAAGCUUUCUUCG